CGUGAGAGUUGGCAAGAACCAAGAACUAGAGCUGGCCAGAACCUUGUGACAUACAGUGAGAUCUUGAGUGAUAAAUUCAUAUAUUUUUCAUGGUGUCUGUUAGUUUAACUAAAUUUUAUAAAUUAUACAUCCAAUAACAAUUAAACCAAUCAAUUUAAAUAAUAAUAUCACGUAUAAUUAUCAUGAUAACAGAACCAUAACCUACGAUUUCAAAUAAAACGUAUUUUUUUUAAUGAUAUUUAAAUUAAGCGGAAAAAUAAAAAAAAACACAUGCACGUUUUGUUCUUUGGAUUGAACAUGGGACGAAUCAAAAGAGAUCAAGAGCUUGCCAAUGAUUGGUGUUAAUUGUCGUUAAGCGACGAAAUAAGCUCAUGAAUUUUUUCGUCGUAAUUAUUUGGUACUCGGUUAGCAAAAAGACAAGUUUCAUCGUUAUCAUUAUUAUAGAAAACCAAAGAAACUAUUUUAUUAAGAGUAUGGUUUUUAUCAUCGCUUUUGGAGCUGGUACUAAAUUUUUUAUCAAGCAAGCUAUUGGUCCACUCCAUGAAUUCGCUGGUGGAACAUUUUUAAUUCAUAAUUCAUGAUUUAUAUUGCAAAAAUAAAUUUAUUGAAAAUUCAUCGCAGCGAUAAUUUUAUAAGCUUUCGAGGAGUUUUUUUGCAUGAGUAGGCAUGAUUGAAAAGACUAAAAUAAUAAGAGUGUUUAGUUGUUAUUUUUUAAUAAUAAAGUGAAUAAAAAUAAAAAAGUAUAAACCAGCAUGGCAAUAGGAAGUGUUAUUUGCGGAGCAAAUACUCCAAAAACAAAAAGAAAAAAAAGCAAGACUCAAGAACGUAGCUGGAUUGAAGCAACAUUUCAGAAAAGAGAAUGUACGAAAUUCAUACCAAGUGCUAAAGAUGAACAUAGGCUUGAAGAAGUUCAGGGAGAUAAAUCUGCUGAGUACGAUGUAGUCACGUCUUCCAGAUGUUGCUGUGGACAUUCUUACACUCACCAUUGUGGUACAGGAGCAGAUGUGCAGAAUUAUGCAACUGGAAAUGCAGCUGAGGCAGAAAGGGAUCAGUGGUCACCAGGAAAAAAUACACGUGCUUCAGCUACUGAUGCGUACGGCACUAUCGAGUUUCAAGGCGGCCCUCACCCCACUAAAGCUGAAUAUGUUCGGUUAGCCCAUGAUACUCGACCAGAGCCGAUAGUUCAACUUUUGUGCCGUGAAUGGAAUUUAGGUCUACCAAGAUUAUUGAUAACAGUUCAUGGAGGCAGAUCUAAUUUUGAGCUUCAGCCAGCUUUAAAAAAGGUAUUACGGAAAGGACUUUUAAAAGCCGCUAAAACAACUGGAGCAUGGAUAUUCACAGGAGGAACAAAUACUGGUGUUACCCGCCAGGUAGGCGAUGCUUUGCUGUUAGAACGUGCACAGCGUCAGGGUCGUGUUGUCAGCAUAGGAAUAGCACCUUGGGGAAUACUAGAAAAAAACCACGAAUUAAUAGGACGAGGAAAUGAAGUUCCCUAUGAUUCAAUAUCAUCUCCAUGGUCAAAGUAUGCGGUAUUAAACAAUCGUCAUGCUUACUUUUUGCUCGUUGAUAAUGGUACUGGUGGGCGAUAUGGCGCUGAAAUAGUAUUACGAAGGAAGCUAGAAAAAUAUAUAUCAAAUUUAAAACUACAGCCAUAUACUCAUAGUAGCAUUCCAGUAGUUGCAUUAGUUAUUGAGGGUGGAACUAAUACUGUUAGAUCAGUUCUCGAAUACGUUACUGAUGAUCCACCUGUUCCUGUAGUUGUUUGUGAUGGAACUGGUCGUGCUGCAGAUAUCAUUGCUUUUAUGCAUAAAUAUGCAGUUGAGGGUGAUAGUGAUAGCACCAGUGAUGUACGCUUAGAAAGUAUGAAAGAACAUUUAUUUGAAAAAAUUAAAGAUACUUUUAAAGUUUCACAAGAACAAGCGGCACAAUUAUAUUCCGAAUUACUUCAAUGCACUCGUAAAAAACAUUUGAUCACUGUAUUCAGGAUAACUCAAGAUGGACCACAUGAACUUGACCAAACAAUCUUGACGGCAUUAUUUAAAUCACAACAAUUAUCUCCAACUGAACAAUUAUCAUUAGCGCUGAUAUGGAAUCGAGUUGAUAUUGCUCGUAGUGAAAUAUUUGUUUACGGUCAGAAGUGGCCGCCUGGCUCUUUAGAACAAGCAAUGAUGCAAGCUUUACAACAUGAUAGAAUUGAUUUUGUAAAACUUCUUCUUGAGAAUGGCGUAUCAAUGAGAAAAUUUUUAUCUAUACCACGUUUAGAAGAAUUAUACAAUACCAAAGAAGGACCAUCAAAUACAUUAGGUUACAUUCUCCGAGAUUUACGGCCACAUAUUCCUCGUGGUUAUAUGUAUACACUUCAUGACAUUGGUCUAGUUAUCAAUAAGCUCAUGGGUGGUGCAUAUCGCGCUCAAUAUACUCGUAGAAAAUUUCGCAUGGUCUACGCCAAAGUUAUGAAGCGUUCGGGAAUUCAUAAUUUGUCAGCCCAUCGAAAUAGUACAGCCGUAGCAAUGGCACGCUAUUAUACAGGGUUCGGAGAAAAAUCUCACCAUGGUCUAACAAUGAGUCUGUUAGCUGAAACACUGCCAGCAAAUCGAGAUACACCUCUAUUUGAUUAUCCAUUUAAUGAAUUACUUAUAUGGGCUGUUUUAACAAAACGACAACAAAUGGCACUUUUAAUGUGGCAACACGGUGAAGAAGCUCUGGCUAAAGCUCUCGUCGCUUUAAAAUUAUACAAAGCUAUGGCUCAUGAAGCGGCUGAGGACGAUUUGGAAACAGAAGUUUAUGAUGAGCUUCGUGGUUAUGGAAAGGAAUUUGAAAAUAUCGCUUUGGAAUUGCUAGACUAUUGCUAUCGACAAGAUGAUGAUCAAACUCAACAACUGCUAACUUCUGAACUUCAAAAUUGGUCGGGGCAAACUUGUCUAUCUCUUGCAGUAACAGCAAACCAUCGGCCGUUACUUGCUCAUCCAUGCAGCCAGAUUAUUUUAGCAGAUUUAUGGAUGGGUGGACUAAGAACACGGAAAAAUACUAAUUUAAAGGUGGGUCUUGGAUUAUUAUUUCCACCUUACAUAGCACAACUUGAAUUCAAAACUCGGGAAGAAUUGCAGCUGAUGCCUCAAACACAAGAGGAACAUUUAAUUGCUUUAGAAGACGAAAACGAGGACAGUGAAUCGGAGCAUGGAGUUUCACCAGGGCCAGAUGUUGAGAAACGUCCACGCAGGAGUCUCAGUAUUUGCAACAAACCUGACAAUCAGCAGGGCAUAAAGGCUCUAAUAACCAAUGAACACAAUUCUGCAAUCAAAGAAACGAUCGUUCAAGAAAACGGCAAAGUUCUAACAGAAAUAGAUGACAAUCUUCAUCGGCCUUAUGGUAUUUUAUCGGAUUACUAUGAUAGUAAAACAAACAAGCCAUUACGUCUAAAAAAAAAGUUAUGGGAAUUUUAUACUGCCCCGAUAACUAAAUUUUGGGCAAAUGCCAUAGCGUAUAUAUUAUUUCUAAUUUUUUUCUCGUACUCUAUUCUCGUUCGAAUGGAAGAGUAUCCAGGAUGGACAGAACUUUAUUCAAUAGCUUAUAUCUGUACUUUGGGAUGUGAAAAAAUACGAGAAAUAGUUACGUCUGAACCGGCAACUUUAUCGCACAAAUUCAGCGUAUGGUCAUGGAAUAUGUGGAAUCCAUGCGACGCUGCUGCUAUUAUUUUCUUCAAUAUUGGCUUGGUACUUAGAUUGCGUCAAUCAACUUUUGAUUAUGGUCGUGUGAUUUACUGCGCUGAUAGUAUAUAUUGGUAUCUCAGAAUUCUCAAUAUUCUUGGUGUCAACAAAUAUCUUGGUCCUUUAGUGACUAUGAUGGGAAAAAUGGUGAAAAAUAUGAUAUACUUUGUCGUUCUUUUACUUGUCGUGUUGAUGAGCUUUGGAGUCGCAAGACAGGCGAUUUUAAAUCCCAAUUCAGAACCUAAAUGGCUAAUCAUUCGUGAUAUAUUCAUGGAACCAUAUUUUAUGCUUUACGGAGAAGUGUACGCACAUAAUAUCGACCCAGAGUGUGGUGACGAACCGAGUAUGAAACCGUGUUUACCAGGUCGUUGGAUAACGCCUGCUGUCAUGUCUAUUUAUUUGUUGGUAGCAAAUAUUCUGUUGAUAAAUCUUUUGAUAGCCGUUUUUAAUAAUAUUUUUAUCGAAGUAAAUGCUGUGGCUCAUCAAGUCUGGAUGUUUCAAAGAUUUACAGUAGUGAUGGAGUAUGAACAAAAACCAGUUUUACCUCCUCCACUUAUUGUAGUAAGUCACAUAUAUUUACUAGGUAAAUAUUUACUGAGAUAUAUAACUCAAGGUGAAAUGGCCGUUGGGGAAACGUAUGACAAUGGGCUGAAGCUUUUCUUGGAGGCUGAUGAUAUGGAGCGUUUAUAUGAUUUCGAAGAAGACUGCGUCGAAGGUUAUUUUAGGGAGCAAGAAUUGAAGCUUCAGAUGUCAAUGGAGGAACGUGUGAAAGUAACAACUGAGAGAGUAGAAAAUAUGCAUCAAAAAAUAGAAGAUAUUGAUAAAAAAGAACACAAUCAAAAUGCUUCAUUGCAAGCAGUUGAGUUUCGUAUUCGCAAACUCGAAGAUCUUAAUGAACAAACUCUAGCCUGUCUUGGUGUUAUCCAUCGUUUUAUGGCAACUCAUAUGUCCGAUGAAAAUUUAUCAAAUCUAGAUGUUGACGUACGUACGAGAAGAGUUUCCGAAAGAUCCGAAGUGAUAUCUGAUACUGAGUCUCAUACUCACAUUUCCGGUGUUCCGCGACAAAAACGUUUAUUGCGAUCGUUAACAGAUGCGACAGUUCUUCACAGUCCAUUUGUAGAUGAUGACAUUUUAAAACAAUCGGAGACAUUGACAUCUCGCGAAAAUCUUAGCAGAAAUGAAUCUUCCUCUAGCGGCGACAUUCCUACAACAGGACCGACACCAGAUGAGAAGAAAAUAGUUACAACUAGUCAAGAAGAAAGUGCUGAGAGUAAAGAUAUCAAUGAGCCUGAAAUGAAGCCAUUGAGGCGAGAAGUCGAAAGAGACACGAGUAGUGACGUUGCGAUAUCAGAUAUGCGGCAAGAUUCUUCAGAACGGCCAACUAGACAAAGCAGUCGAACCCGAUCGGAGUCUGAUGAUGCUGUGCUGCUUGCGCCACCUGGAUUGCAACGAGGAGUCAAAUGGGGGGAGCCACGUGUUGCGAUGAUUCCACCAGGUUCCUCCAGUGGAUCCAACCAAAGAUCACUUUUGCGCGCCAUGCGUGCUGAGUAUACAAGUAUUACUGAUGAAUUAGAAAGUUACUGCGGGCUUUUAAGUCCUCCGCGAACCCCGCCAGUAUCUCCUCCGCCUUGUAGAUCAAAAAAUUCAAUUUCAAUGAAUCCAGAGAUGGCGUGGCAGAUUGAAAAUGAACAUCUACGUGAUGCUGAAGAAUGCGAUUAUCAACAAAUGGAAGAUCUUAUUCAUAGACGAUACUUGAGAAGUAGUGACGAAGAUUCAGAUACUGAAACGACGUCCAAGAUGAAGUUUAGUGUCACUAAUGAGCACCGAAUGUUGCGUAGAUCAUCAGCAAUUGAUGAAGAAUCACGAAGACCGCCACCAACUAUCAGCGUUACGCGAGAAAUCGAACAGACAUUAUCAAGACCACCAGCAAUACGAGAAGGAGACGAUAAGGAUCCAACUGAUGAAGACAUGACCAGUGUUCCAGCACCAGCUUCCGAAACCAUGUGUUAGUUUUAUUUUUAUAAUAUAAAUAUGGUUACAUUACUCAUAGAAUUAAUCGGUUAUAUAAGAUACCAAAGGAACCCAUAAAUCUUAUAAAUUAAAACCGCAAUCAUAAAUAAUUAUGCGUGAGGGCGGAGUUAAAACUUUGCCUUGUAUAAUUUUUACGAUCAUAAGAGGAAUGGCACAUACAAAAACUUAUUAUCUAUCUGCGAUACAUUGAUAAUAAUAGUAAUUCUUAUUAUUUGUUUUCUUUUUAUAUACACGGAAAAAACUAGAUAGCACUGGUUAUUGUUCUGCGCAGUAAUCGACGGACAUUACAGGGAAAAAUACAUUUUAACAUGACUGAUUCAUAUUAGAACAGGAGUGAGUCAUGGCUUAACACGUACUAUUACUUUUUUAACACUAACCAGUACUGUGCUACACAGUACAUCAAAGAUAUGACUGGUUACUGUCAAAAUAGUCACCAUUAACAUCCGGAACAGUACUCAGUCCUAUUAUAACAUGAACGGUUACUAUAUUCAUAUAUGUCUUCACUAUUCUUGACAGAAGAAAUCUAUAAUUCAAAACUGUCAAGUAUAGAUUAUCAUAUAUGUUAAUUUUAAGUUACAUGCGAUUCACUAUGAAUAAUUUUAUCAUUUUAAAAAAUGAUAAGAAAUUCAAAUUAUUGAUGAUUUUAUGAGAAUAUUUAGCAAGAUAUAUUGGUGAAUAUUAUUUGUUUUUAACUUUUUUUAACUAUAGAGAAAGGUUAAAAUAGAUCUCUACUGUCAAGAAUAGUAAAGACACAUAUGAAUGUAGUAACCGUCCAUGUCAGAAGAGAAUUGAGUACUGUUCUGGAUGUUAAUGGUGACUAUUUUGACAGUAAUCAGACAUAUAUUUCAUGUACUGUGUAGUACAGCACUAGUUACUGUUAAAAAAGUAAUAGUACGUGUUAAGCUAUGAUUCACUUCUGUUCUAAUAUGAAUCAUUCAUGUUAAAAUGCAGUUUUCCCUGUACUGUUCGUCGAUUACUGGGCAAAACAGUAAGCAGUACUAUCUAGUUUUUUCCAUGUAUUAGUUUAGUAACUUUCUUUACUUUAGCUUUACAUGUAAGAUGAGGACUGAUAAUUGUAUAUAUCUUCCUUUGUGUUGCAUUUUACUCGACAUAUAUACCCAUAUAACAAUCUCAUAGCAAUCUUGCUCAGGCCUGAUCACCAGUAUAGUAGUUGUCUACGUCUUUAUACAACUAUAGAUCUCGCUGCAGACACUGCUACAAAGUUUUGAAUCGUAAAUCUCGUACAAGAUUUAAAAAAAUAUUUUUAAGAUAUUUUGCUUAGGAUGCAUUGGUAGUGACUUGAGCCAAUCUUGUACCAGAAAUUACUCCGUCACUUUAUUUCCUCUAUUGUUUCACAAUACAAUAUCCUGAGGUAAAGUGACAAAGAUAGAAGUGAAAUAUACAGAUAGUGUAAUAUGAGACUUCUUGAGCAGAUUUGUUGCGGGAUAUGCGCUAGUGUCUGCAAUUAAUUUCUGGUGCAAGAUUAGCUCAAGAUACGCGUAAGUUUACUAACACAUUUUGAACAAGACAUCUUCAAUGUUCUUUUGUACAAUAUCGCGUGCAAGUCCUACAAUAAUCUUGUCUUAAUACCUUGUGACAGAUUGAUAGGUAUACAGAAACGCAGACAUUUAGGGGUCUUCUGUAAGAUACUUUCGUAAAAACAGUACAAGAUUGUCUUGUGUAAGUCAUUCUGGACAAGUCCAUGUAGUAUUUUUCAAAAAAAUUGUUGUGAUCAGUGCCUUGACCGGCAACUUGUGAUGGGAAUUGUAAUAUGGGUAUGUAUAUAUUUAUAUAUCGUAGCAUGGCAAUAUAAUUCUAAAAUAUCAAACUAUUCUCAAAUUUUACUCGAGAAUACUGUCCAAUAAUUAAUGAAAUACUUUAUCAGUAUGAUUGUAUUUAAUUUAAUUGAUAAAUUCACAAUAAUUAGUUCAGCAUUUGAUUAAUCAGGUAAACAAUUUUUUAUUAAUACUUAAAUAUUUUUUGAUAGCUAUAUAUUUAAUGAAUGGAUGUGAAUUAUAAUAAAAAUUUCCGUAACUAUAAUAUCAAAAGUCAACGAAAUAACAAAUAUUUUCGUCCGAAAAAAUAUAUCUAUUGAUGGAUUUUAAAUGAAUUAUAAAAUUCUAAUUAUUAACACGUUUACAAAUUCUAGUCUUUAUAUUAUAGAAUCGAAAUAUAAAAGAAUGUAAUAAAAUAGAUUGGAUUUGAUGCAAGGCCGAAUUGAUUGCUCAAUAGUGACAUGUAUUUUCAAUUGAAUUUCGUAAUUUCAAUUUGUAUAUAUAAAAAUUUUACUUUAUUAAUUAUUCGUUUUAAUGAAUAUAAAUUUAAAAUUCUAAUGCUAUUUUAUAAUCGAUUUUUUUAACAGCUUUUUGGCUACUGACUAUGCUCAAAUCUAUUGUAUUUUAUAACACUCUGUAUUUGAGUGUAAAAUACUUUUUUUUUAUAGAGUCUAGUAAAUAUUUUAGCUGCACAUUUAUAAAUUAAAUUACAAUGAUGCAUGAAAGUCAUUUUUAUUUUUCAGCACUUGUCUAGAAUGUCUAAAAAUUUUUAUGGUGCUUCCAUGAAAAUACAGUCAACUACCCGUUAUAAGCUUGUCCGUAAUAAGUCUCUUUCUCUCAAUCGGCAGUUACUGAUUCGAAACAGCUUCUCCUACUCUACCACUUUUUUAAAUUUCUUAGCAAACAGCCCGUUAUAAGCCGCCGUUAAAUUUAUAAACUAACAAUAGGAAAAAAUAGAAAAAUUGAUGAUGAAAAUUCACUACAGUCAAAUUCUAUUAACUCGGACAGUGACUCUACGAGGCACGGAAAUUUCCUGGAAAUUUCAACUUAUCAAAUGCUACUUCUCCUUUAAAGAGUAAACUACACGCAUGCACUCUUGUAUCACAUGUACGAUUUAUAUAUAAAUAUACACAGACAUAUAAAAAUGCAUAGCAUCAGGUGGGCGACAGCGUAGCUCGUAGUGGAAGGUCGAGAUUGAGGGGAAGUUCCGAGUUGAUGGAAUCCGACUGUAUCUAUUUUUUGCAGAUAAUAAUUCAAUCAAUUUUAAGUAAAAUAUAAUUUAUUUUUCAUAAUUGUAACCAUGAAUUUCAUUCAAAGCUUAGGUUACAAUUGAAAAAUUUUAUUGAGCAUUAUCUUUAUCAAUAAAAUUAUUAUUAUUUUUACUGUAAUUAAUACCGUUAUCAUUAGAAUUAUUUGUAUUGUAGUUAUUACUAGUUUAAAGAAAUAAGUAUUUAUUUUAGCACCGUAAGCACCAGAAAAAUCGGCAGUGGCGUUGUAACAAAAUAUAAAUUUGACGUUUAAAAUCAUAUAAAAUAAAAGAGGCUUAUAACGAGUAGUCGACCUAUCUAAUUUUAACUUAAAGGCAUAUGGGUAUUUGGAAAUGAAAAAAAAAUAAUGUCUUUUUUUUAAUUAUCUAUUAUUUCAUCGACAAAUAUUAAUAUUUAACAAAGUUUUUUUAAAGGGAUUUAGAAGGUUUUUUUGCGAUGAUCACUGAAAACUUGCUGAUUUAAAAUAAAUGAAUAUUUCUUUGUUAGUUUGAUAGUUUAACUAGAGCUUUAAUUCAGAUGAAGCUUCUUUAAAAAAAAAAAAAAAAUUCGCAAAUAUCUUAAAUUUAAAUUCAGAAAAUAAAUAUUGAGAAGCAAAUUGUUCUGUUUUUAUACAGUAACACAAUAAAGUCUGCUUAAAUUCUAGUUUAUUACAGCUACAAUUUUCAAAAAUGCACAAGAUAAAAAUUUUUUUUUAUUCUCUAUAGCCCAUAUCCGCUUUUCCUUAAGAAAUUAUUUCUUUAAUAUCUAAGUAAACGCGUUAUAAUUAUAUCUACAUUAGGGUGUACCAGAAAUAUAUUUUUUUUUAAUUACAAUAUAUAAUCUACGGUUAGUUUUAGACCGAAAAAAAAACUGAAAGUAUAAUUCGGCUUUUCAACUCGACAGUUAUUAAAUCACUAAGAAAUCUAGAUACCCAGCAGAUCAAAUCUGUAAAUUAAAUUGACGAAAUUUAUAACUGUACAAGUUUGUUAUGAGAUGAUUUAAUUUUCUAAAAAUAAUAAAAAAAUUUAUUCGGUCGAAUAAAAAAAAAAAAUCAAGUUCUACUUUUUUUUUCGUAUGAUUUAAAACAGAAAAUCAAAAUUUUCAUAGAAAUUUUUUGCAUUAUGAAUUGAAAACAAAAUUUUUUUGAGGCGAAAAAAAAUUUUUGUUUUUAAUUCAUAAAGCAAAGGAUUUUAUGUUACAAAAAAUUUAUUUUUUCAGUGUACAAAAAAAUUUUGUUUCUAUCACCCACAUAUAUUUUUACGAGUGCGUUAUAGUGUAUCAAAUAAAAUCGAUAUUUUUUUUUUAGUUAUCACUGAAAAUCUUUAGUGUGGUGGAAAAAAAAAUUUUUUUAAAUUGAGGACUUUACUCAAAAAUUCAUAGUAGUUGCACCUUAUCUUCUUCUCAUUGUAUAAUAAAUAAUAUUUCAUAGAAGAUUAUGAUUUUAGUCCUUAUCACUCUAUCAUUACUCAAAAGAUUGUAUGAAAAAAAAAGUAAAUCGAUUUUAUUGAAUAUUAAUUUUUAACGAAUGAAUACUGUUCUGUAUA